ACGUACGGAAAUUCACCCGACCAACCCUUUAACCUUUGUUGAAUAAACUUCGUCGCUGUUUUACCGUCUUGGACAUCGAUCCAUUAUUCAACCGGACGUCUGAACGCCUCUCAAUAUGGCUAUCGGUGAUUAUCCCGCCGAAUACAACCCCAAAGUGCACGGGCCCUACGAUCCGGCUCGUUUCUACGGAACUCCUGACACGCCUUUCUCGCAAUUGAAACUCGGCGAGGUAACUGAAUGGAUUGGACGUCGUAAUAAGUCGCCAUCAGCAAUUGCUGGAUUAUUUUCUCGUGCUUACUGGAGAUGGUCUCACAAAUAUGUCCAACCAAAACGUGCUACAAUUGCUCCACUUAUCCAUAUUAUUGCUGGUUCGAUGUUGUUUUUUUACACUAUCAACUACGGCAAAAUAAUCCGUGAGCGUAAUUACAAACAUCACUAAUAGUUACAAUCGAUGAAUUUCUGAGUUUAUAUAAUUAGUUAAAUAAACAUGUUUGUUAUUAAAAAACACGUAAAAUAAAAAUAUCUGUAUUUCAAACAAAAAA